GUCAGUUGACGCUCAAAGUAGUUGUGUUGUCGACGCAAUUCUUGUUGUUUACACUACACGUAAUUCCAGUCGAUUCUGAAUCACAAUCAAAUGGAAUGGACGCAAUUUUGGACAAGAAGCUGCUCGGCUUCCGGCAGAUUGCCCAGGAGAAACUGCAACACAUACUGUACUCGAUACCGCUGGACAAAGAUCUGAUCAUCGAGCCUACGCUCAUCAAACCCUUGGAACACGUCGUGGGUGCCACUUGGUUGAGGAAAAAGGGUAUCGAUAAAAUUUACAAAUUCGACCCGAAAAAUGCUCCACCCAAACGGAAGCAGUUCAUCUACUUUCUCACGAGUAAUCUACUCACGUUCAAAAGUGCUCUGGAUCAAAUCAGUAGCUACCACAGUCAGAUGUCUAGUGGACUGGUAGCGGAAGUUGAUCGAACCAACAAACAGUACCACGUCGUGAUAUUCCCGCUGGUGCUGGCCAGCUUCGAGCACUUGCUCGAGGAGGAAGGCCUCUAUGGUUUGGUCGAACUCUACAGCUAUCAGUGGGAUUUUAUUUGUUUGGAUCAAGGAGUAAUGAGCUUAGAAUUACCGAAUGUAUUUGCGGAUAUUUUCGUGCGUCAGGACGGAUCAUUGCUUGGGUCGAUAGCUCAAAGCUUAAGGAUUUUUAAUAUGAUCAUGGGGAAACCGAAACUGGUUUUUACAUACGGAGAUAGUUCUGAAAAAGUAUUACAAAUAAUGCAGAAAAUAGAAAACGGCAAAAAGACGAAAAGUGGAGAAGGUAGAGAUGCCAUCGAUUUCAAUACGAUGCUGAUAGUUGACCGAGAUAGAGAUUACGCCUCUUGUUUACUGACACCGGUGGUUUAUUCUGGAUUACUGAUGGAAAUACAUAAGUACACCUCGGGAUCCUUGACUGUAGAUGCUAACAGCAAUAAAAUCAAGAAUGGAAAAUUGGCAAUCCUUAAAAACGAAAAUGAUACAAAAAUUAAUCAAGAAACAAUACGAAUGAACGGUUCUCAAGAUAUGGUUUACCAAGAAAACCGAUACCGGCAUUUCGCUGAGGUCAUAGGCCUUCUCAGUUCACAGGCAAAAAAUCUCGGCCUAGAGGGUAAAUCGUUUAGCAAGGAUAUGAAAAUAUCGGAGAUGAAAGAAUAUGUUACAAAUAAACUACCGAAGGUGGCAGCCCAGAAAAAAGAACUCUUCAAGCAUCUUUUGCUGUGUGAAACUAUAAUGGAAGACAUCGGAGGAAACUUCGAAAAACUCCAACUUAUUGAAGAAAGCAUGCUUACCAACACAAAUCGGAAACAAAUAAUGGCAUUCGUUGACGAGCUACUGGCAGCUGAUGCUCACAAAUUUAACAUUUUGCGACUUAUCUGUCUAUAUCACAUAACGAUAGGCCUAACCAGCGAAGACAUGACCAAACUUAUGACGUCCUACCUAAAUGCCUUCGGAUACCAGCACCUGGGCGUGUUCAACAAUCUUUUCCAAGCAAGGCUUUUCCCUGAUACUACGAAUCUAACGAAAACAAAAAUUCUAUCUCAAAUUUCGAUCCCAAUUCUGAAAUCUCAAUUUCAAAUAGAAGCCAGUAAAUUGAAACUUCUUCCCACUGACGUUAGCGAAUCUAUCCAGUCACCCGGGUCAUCUAACAACCCAACCAGCCCCAGUAUUCCGAGCAAAAAGCAGUGCCCUAGCUAUGUUUUCAACGGUAACUACAUUCCACUGGUCGCGCAGCUAUGUCAAAUGAUACUGAACACCAACGGAUUGGACGAUCUAAAUCAACGGCUGGGUCAUCUGGAGCGGUUGAAGUUAUCCGUCGGUAGUUUUGGGACCAAAACCAUACGCGAAUUGACUGUAACUGGGACGGCAAAAUCGGACAUCAAUCAACUGUUGCCGUUGAAGCGUAAAACUAUCUUUGUAUUGGUGAUAGGAGGUUUGACCUAUGCGGAAGUGGCCGCUUGCAAACUGGUGGAGAAAUUAACUGGAGCUAGGAUCGUGCUGGCAUCGGAUGCUAUUGUGUCCGGCUGUGACAUUGUUGAGAGUAUCGUUGCUUGUUAGCGCGAUGUGCAAGUACACAA